GGUCGGGUUGUGAGUUCGCCGAUCGGAUCACUGAACCUACGACCCGACCGCGACCAAUCCGUGCGAAUUUGUGUAUGUGUGGGUACCGCAGAUUUGUCCAGUGUGACUUCAGCCUGCAGCAGUUAAACGUGCGCUAAAAGUGAAUUGAAAAUGUCUUUCGAAGACAACAAAGUUUUUUGGGAAGAAUUUAUUCUUCUAUAUCAAGAAAAUCCCUGCCUUUGGGAUAUCAAAAGUAAAGAUUAUCGCAACAAGCAAAAGAAAAAUGCUGCUUAUGAUAUUUUAAUUAACAGUUGCAAACCACUUUUCCCAAAUGCAAACAAGGAAUUUGUUAUAAAAAAGAUGUCAUCAUUACGGGCAUCUUUCCGGCGGCAACUAAGGCGGAUUAAUGGCGCUAAAAGAACAGGAACGGGGGCAGAAGAUGUACCAGAACCUACGUUAUGGUACUUCGAUCUAUUGUCGUUUCUUAUGGAUCAAGAAGAGUCUCGUCCAGCAGUGUCUUCGAUAUUAGACGACAAUAACAUCGAGGAGAACUCACAUAUCUCAGACACUGAUUCACACACACAAGACUCAACUCAACCUUUGGAUAGUUCACCAGUUUUAUCACCUGCAACAUCUCAGAGCUCGACAUCAACUUCUCGUAACAAGCGAAUUCAGAAGUCAGAGAACACCUGGACAAAGAAGAAACACCAAUUUUUGGAUGCCUCCCUUAAAAUUUUGCAAACAGAGACUGCACCCCCACAUACUGAUAAAGAAGAAUCGCAAGAAAUAACAUUUGGCAAAAAUAUUGGCCAACAGUUACAGGAGACUGAAGACAGACAAAAGAUAAUAGCCCAAAAAUUGAUAUCAGAUGUGCUUUUUUAUGCUAAAUUGGGGAAUCUUACUGAUUCUUCUAGUAUUUCAUUCACUCACCAACCAGCACCUUGUCAAAGUGUCUCUUACGUACCACCAGCACAGCUCUAUCAACCAACAUAUACCAAUAAUGUUACACCUUACACUCAGCCCAAUGCAGCAGAAGUCUAUCGACCAACCUACGCCAAUCUUACAUCUUUCACUCCUCCAAAUGUAGCACAAGCCUAUCAACCAACCUACACCAAUCUUAAUACACCUUCCACUCAGUCAAGUGCAGCACAAAUCUUCCGACAAACUUACAUCAAUCAUACAACAUCCACACAACCAAACUCAAAUGCGGCCGGCUUACCUUUUACCUCUCAAUCAGAAGUGUCCACACCUACAACUGAUGCAGCUGCGAAAACUACAGAUCAUGUUUUCAUGGAUGAAUUUUUAUCUUUUGACAAAGCAAAGAACUAAUAACAGUUAGUCAUUAAUUUGUAGCAGUAAGCAAACUCAAUAAACAAACUUUCCAUUU